AUGAACGGGGCGCCCGUGGAUGCCCCCCUCGUCCUGCGGGUCCACCCGGAGGUGGCGUCGGACCUCACGCGCGACAUGCAGCAGACGCCCGAGACGCAGGCCGCGGCGUGCACGGUGAUCAGCGAGCCGUGCCCCUACUCGGGCUUCGUGCGGCUCGAGAUCCGCGGCGACCCCGCGGCCCGCCUGGCCGCCCGCCGCACCGUGAUGAACGACCUCCUCCCGCGCCGCAUGCCCGACGAGCACGACAGACGCGGGUACUCGUGGGCCGAGAGCGGCGAGGCGCCCGACCCCGAGCGCGGCCCCGCGGUCGCGCUGCGGCGGCUGAUGUUCGUCCCCGCCGACUGGGCCGCGGCGACCUUUGGCCAGGAGGAGUUUGACAAGGCCGAGGGGGUGUUGAAGAUCGAGGCGGACACGGGGACGGCCCUGCGCCUCGCGUCGGGGACCAGCGCGCUGCGGGACGGCACCGUGCCCGUCCUCGUGCAGCCCAAGGACCCCCCGGGGACCGCGGAGGGCGUGACGCGCGCCUGCGACAUGUUCCAGGCGCUGCUGGCCGAGGGCGCGGAGGCGUACGCGGCGGAGGAGGCGCCGGCGCGGCGCGUGGUGUACACGGAGGAGGACGCGCCGCCGGAGCCGCGGACGGAGUUCGAGCUGCCGCACAGCCUGGUGGGCUGUCUCCUGGGCAAGAGCCACUCGAACCGGAAGCGCAUCGAGAGCGAGGCGGGCGUGCGCGUGUGGGUCGAGAACCCGAACCCGCGGGGCGUGCAGCGGGUGCGGCUCCAGCCCGGGCAGGGCCGCGGGGACGUGCGCCUGGCGUGGAGCAUGGUCCAGGCGCUCCUGUGGCGGCCGUUCGCGGACCGGCUGGGGGCGCUGGUGGAGCAGUCGGCGGGGCGGCUCGGGGCGCGCGUGGCGGAGAGGACGAGCGAGAUCAGCGAGGCGGUGCACGCGGUCAUCAACGAGCUGGGCUACGUGGCGGCGUGGGAGGCGCUGAACGACGAGCAGCUGGGGCCGCUGCUGCGGCGCACGGGCGUCGUCGCGAGCUGGGAGGACCUCCUGCUGCACCGGCUGCGCGGGUUGCUGGGCCUGGACCUCAACGGGCAGCCGAAGCCCAUGCCGCGGUGGAUGGCGCUCGCGUGGGAGGAGCUGAGAGCCGAGGUUGAGCGACACCCCCACAUGCGCAAGCUGGAGCCCAGGGACCAGGUCCUCGUGGCGCAGAAGCUCGAGGACAUGUCGGACGUGCGGGCGCUCGCGGUGCUGCUCAACGUCGUGAAGGAGGUCGAGCGGCUGGACCCGCAGGACCGCCGCGCGCGCCUCGAGCACGUCCUGGGCGACUGCGUAACCAAGUACAGGAGCCUGCACAAGGAGACGGAGCUCCUGAUGCUGCGGCGCGCGCGCCACCUGCUCGGACUGCCCGCCGACGACGACGCGCCGCCGGACGCGGGCGCACGGGCGAGGGACGCGGGCCCUCCGCGCCGCGACGCUCGUGCGCGCUCCCCCGAGCGGUCGCCUCGCCGCCGCGCCUCGCCGCCGCGCCGCCGCUCGCCUGAGCCACGCCGCCGGUCGCCGGAGCCACGCCGGUGGACCCCGCCGCCCCACAAGCGCUCCCCGCAGUCGCGGCACGGGUCGCCCCCCCCGCCGUCGGGACGUUCCCCGGCGCGCAAGCGUGGUGCGUCGCCGCACAAGGAGCCCGCGAAGGUGGCGCGCGCCCGCAGCCGGUCGCCCCCGCGACCAGCGCGGCAGGCCGGGGCGGAGGACAAGGGCGCGCGGGAGUCGAAGCGGAAGGCGCACGGCGCGAAGCAGCCGGGCGAGGCCAGCCCGGCCACGCUGGAGGCCCACGUGGCGCGCGGGGAGUCGGUGACGUGCGUGGAGCGCAGCGACGGGCCGCACGCGGGGGGCGCGGGGGCGGCGCAGGUGCCGGGCGGGAUCAUCGAGGGGCUGACGCGGCACGAGCGGUGGGUGAUGGAGCGGGAGCGGGGGGCGUGGAAGGGGGUGUUGGCUCUCGAGGACGGGGGCAGCAUGCUGGCGCGGAACCUCAAGGAGGUGAAGAAGUCGAUGCGGCUCGCGCGGGCGUUCGCGCGCCGCGGGGCGUCGGGGGACCUCAGCGGGGCGCUGGCGGCCCUGAGCAGCGCGCUGGUCGUGUUGACGGACGAGGCGGAGGUGGUGCACCUGGACGGGAGCGGGGUGACGGAGAAGGACGUGGAGGAGCUGGAGGGCAUGCGCGCGGACGUGGACGGGUGGAGCUGA